AUGUCGACCAAAAACGCCAAGCGGCAAUGGGACCAAACCAUGGCGUCCAGCGGCGUUGUAGCUCCUGGCAGCGGCCACGUCCCGAGGAAGCGCUUCUCUGGACGAACGAUGAAGAUCUCCAAAACGAUGAAACACGUGGACGAAGAAACUCGUCGGCAAGUGCGGAACGCUCGCCUGGACGCAUUAGAAGCCGACAAUUACAUGGAAAACACCGAUGAUGGAGACGAAGAUAUGUUCGUGUUGGACGAGGACGAUGAUGCUGUGGCCAAGAAGGCUUCCAAGCCCAAGAGCAAAGCGAAAGCGAAGGGAACCCUCCACGUGCCUCAAGCGCAGGGCCGGCAUCGUGUGGUGCGCAAGAUCAAGAGUUUGAGGCACUUGAUAUUUGAAGAAGUAAGUCCGAUGUGCUAUUUCCGCUGUAGCUCUUGCGCGCUCGUAGUGCGGGGAUGUCGCACCCGGGAAUGACUCAGUGAUCAACUACGUGACGGCGGCGGUAAAGCCCCCAAAGACGCCCCCGCGGCAUUUUUGCUGUGUGUGUGGCCUGCUUUCAGUCUAUUCAUGUGGUCGCUGUGGCUCCAAAUUUUGCUGUGUCCGCUGCGGCAACCAGCACAAAGAGACGGGAUGCCUCAAGUUCAAUAUGUGAGCUGUCGUUGUUACU